GUGGCCAUGUAUUCGGCGAAACGGUGGCCAAACGGACGCAUUCCAUACAUAAUGGAGAAUAAGUUCUCGGCGGAAGAGCGGGCGGCCAUCGCUCGGGGAAUCAUGACUUUACAGGACAGGACAUGCAUUCGGUUUGUGCCCAAAAAGGAAAGCGACAAAGACUACGUGUGGAUGAGGAGAGGGCCGGGAUGUGCCGCACACGUCGGUCGCAUUGGUGGCCAGCAGUGGCUGUUUUUGGGCAAAGGUUGCUAUAGCGUGGAGACUGUGGUACACGAACUCAUGCAUUCAGUAGGCUUUAUACACGAACAGUCCCGUCCCGAUCGGGACGCCCACGUCACCAUCAUGUGGGACAAUAUUAAGGAUGCUGCCAAACGCAACUUCCGUAAACAUACGACUGACUACUUGGCCGAUCACGGCUUCCCCUACGACCUGAUGUCAGUCAUGCACUACAGACAGUACGCGUUCAGCAAGAAUAAAAAGGCCACAAUCGUGGCCAAGAGGCCGGUGCCCUAUCUUAGAUGUAGGGGACACGAGUGCCCGUCCGAUCUGGAUGUACGCAAAAUCAAUUACCUGUACAAAUGCAAGAACGGAAAGUCCGGUUUCUACGGCCCCGGCAGCGGUGGCGGCGCAGAUGACUACUGGCCAUCUAAAUCGGGUGAUGGUAUGGGCGACGGUGGCAAUAAAUUUAACCCUGGUAGUAACGAACUGGACAGUCAGGUGAUGAUUGGUGAGAACUUCUACGAAAACAUACCGUUCCCACCGGCAGUGGCGGCGCCAGUAGUCGCCGGUAUGGGCGACGGUCCGGCCGGUCCCGCUGGACCCGAUGGCCCGCCCGGUGGUCCCGGACUCGGCUAUCACUUUGACGACCACUCGGACAGUGACUAUGAGGACAGUAGUGAAGAGCCCUGUUUUGGUGAACAUUGUUACCAGAAUUAUGACCCGGAUAUCGAUGACCAGGCGGGCGGUGGCGGCGCUGGUGGUGGUGGGGGUCACGUGCCCUACGAAAGUCGAGAAAGCGCCGUACGACUGGUGCCGCAGUUUAUUGACCAGAAUUAUAUAUUUUUUAGCGAAAUUUACUAA